AUGAAUCCUAUGGUGCUAGGAGGCGCGGCGGCAGCAGCAGCAGCGGCGGCGGCGGCCGGUUUGGAGGGCGGAGGCGGAAACAUGGGGCCCCGCCGAACGCGGAGCCUUGACGUCGCGCAGCUGCAGCUUUUGGGGCCGGGAGCGGCGGCUGCGCUGGCUGCGGUGGAAGAGGCGGAACGGGCGGAAGGGGAAGCGGAAAUGGGAGGCGGAGGGUCCCUUGCGAGACUUAUGGCGGGGAGAAUGGGGCCGGGAGGUUUGGGCGGAGGAAUGGGUGGAGGAUUGGGCGGGGAUUUGUAUGGGGGAAUGGUCGGGGAUAUGUAUGGGGGAAUGGGUGGGGGAAUGGGAGGCGCGAUGGCUGGUGGAGGGGGAGGAAUGGGGAUGAAUGGGGGGAUGGGCGGGAUGUUGGGGGGAGGGUAUGACGAGAGUGGUAUGAUGGGAGGUGCGGAUUAUUCGGCUGUGAUGGAUGGCGGGCAGAUGGGCAUGAUGGGGAGCAACAACAUGGCAGGGCCGAGAGGGCAUGGCGCACCAGCACCAACAUUUGCAGACUCUCCUUUCUUUGCGCGCCUCUGUCGCACGCGCGCUUCGCCCUCGCCCCUCUCCCCUCUCGCGCGCCGCCGCACCACAUCCCUCAACGCCGCUCUAGGCUCCCAACUAGCCGCUGCUGCAGUAGCUCACACCGCCGCUGCAGGAGCAGGGGGGGGCGGAGGCGGAGGGGGAGGAUUAGGGCAGACCUGGGGAAUGAUUGCGGAAGGGGAAGGGGGACUCGAUGGGGGAGCGGACGUCCCUAUGAUCUCCGCUGGGGGUGGGAGUAAAGGGGGGUAUAUGGGCGGGGGGGCGCCUCCCCGCCCUCUUCCCCAGCUCUCCCCCACACGUGCUGCUGCGCUUGCCCAUGCCGCCGCUGCUGCUGCCGCAGCUGCUGCUGCAUCAGGCACAGGAGCAGGAGGAGGGAUGGGGGGAGGAGGCAUGGGAGGCAUGGGGGGCAUGGGGGGCAUGGGGGGCAUGGGGGGCAUGGGGGGCAUGGGGGGCAUGGGAGGGGGUGGCAUUCCGGGGUAUAAUCUAAGUGUGCUGGGCAUGAAUGCGCGUGACUUGGCCAACACGCUAGCGCGCACGUCCAGCGCCCCCCCCUUGGGCAAUCUCACUGAGCUGGAGCAGAUGUGCCUUGCAGUAGAAUCGUCCGCACAAGGAAACCCUAAUGCUGCUGCAGCCGCCCUUGCCGCAGUUGGCGCGGCCAGCAUGGGCAGCACCUCUGCUGCUGCCGCUGCUGCCGCCGCCGCUGCUGUUGCUGCUGCUGGUGGUGGCGGUGGGGGAGGCGGAGGGGGAGGGUGGCCUCCCCCAACUCCGCCUGGAGGGGGUUCAGGUGGUCUUUCCGCGGCUGCCACGUCAGCAGCCAUCGCAGCGCUUGCAGGGGGUAAGGGCGCAGCGCAGCACCUGCAGGGCUACCCGCAAUGGGGCGUGGGGGGCGGGUCAGGGGGAAUGGCGGGGCUGGCGGGGGGCGGGGGGGGGCGCAUGGGGCUUGGCGCACAGGUAUCAUCACUGCAGCGGACGUCCAGUGGAGGGAGAGAGGUGGAGCGGCGAGCUAUGCUGUGGAAGGCCCUGGGGGGUGGUGCAGGCGGGGGAGGGGGAGGCGGGGCUAGUGCAACGAGUGGGGGGCAGUCGAGCAGCGGGGCAAGCUCGUUAGUGAGCAUGGGGGAGGAGAACAGCGCGGGGGCUCAGUUGGACCCACACCACCAGCAGCAGCAGCAGCAGAGGAAGAAGCCCCUUCGCCACUCUUUCUGGCUGCUCCAAUCCUUCCCCACUUCUCCCCGCAGAGACACCUCUUGGGGAGGCGCACAUGCUGCUGCAGGCGCUGCUCAACCGCAAGAGAGAGUUGGAGUUCUUCCGUGCCUCAUUAACGCCUUCUUGUCCGCCUCGCUGCUCUGCUCUGCUCUGCUCUGCUCUGCUCUGCCCUGCUCUGGCCACGCCACUCCUUCCCCCCUUCUCCCUGCCCUGCAGAGAUGCCUCCCAGGGAGGCGGACAUGCUGCAGGCAGGCGCUGCUCAACCGCAAGAGGGAGUUCUGUGGCGCCCCAUUACCGCCCUCUUGCCCCCCUUGCUGCCCUGCUCUGGCUGAUCCGCUCCCCCGCCCCACCUGCCCUGCAGAGAUGCCUCCCGGGGAGGCGGACAUGCUGCAGGCGCUGCUCAACCGCAAGAGGCGUUUUUUGAGGCGCCGUAUAAACGCCUUCCCCCCCCUCGCCGCUCUGCCCUGCUGCUCCGCUCCCUCCCCGUCCCUCCCCGCAGAGAUGCCUCCAGGGGAGGCGGACAUGCUGCAGGCGCUGCUCAACCGCAAGAGGCGCCGCCUGCCCGCCACUGCAUCGGAUGUCAUGGCGCACAUGGGGCCAGGGGGAAAGGUGAGGCAAAAGGGGAAAGGUGGUGCGCAGGGGGCAGUCAGGGAAGGCGGGGCGCAUUGGGUGGGGGGAAAGAUUCCUGGAAUCCCCACUUCAGGGGACGGAGACGCAGGGGGGAAGGAGGUGGAAAUGGCUGAGGGGGAGCAAGGGGGUAGGGAGGCUAUGUUACGGGGACAGGGGAGUCUCAGUGCGGGGGCGAAAAUGCACAUGGGGGGCGGGCGCAGUGGGGGUGCAGGGAAGGCUGGGGGAGGAGAGGGAUGGGGUGACGAUGGGUGGGGGGAGGAGAGGGAGGUGGUGCAUGUGCGGGCGAGGAGAGGGCAAGCAACGGAUAGCCACAGUAUUGCGGAGAGGAUGCGGAGGGAGAAGAUCAGCGAUCGCAUGAAGGUGCUGCAGGCCCUCGUUCCCAGCUGUGCCAAGGUGACGGGCAAGGCGGUGAUGCUGGACGAGAUCAUCAACUAUGUGCGCUCGCUGCAGCUGCAGGUCGAGCUUCUGUCCAGCAAGCUAGCAGCCAUGGACUAUGGCAACCUCGCUUCGCUUGGCGACCCCUCUGCAUUUGAGGUCUCCUUCCCCCCUCUCCCUUCCAUCCAUCUGUCACCUCACUCGUUACCUCCUCGCCCCCCCAGCACUACCUUUCUUCUCUCCCUUCCUGCCUUCGACAUGGACGACGGCAAAGCAGAGGCGGCAGCAGCAGCGGCUUUUGAGGCGCCUCAAAAGCCCUUACCCACUCAAUCAUCCCUCACUCCCUCCCUCCCACCGCAUCAGGACAUGGACGAUGACGAAGCGGAGGCGGCAGCAGCAGCAGCAGCAGCCACCGCCAUUGCAGCAGCAACGCUAGCCGCAGGAGGACCCGGCAUGGCAGCACGGGGAGCAGGAGGCAUGCGGCUGGAGGGCGGUCGGGGGAGCGGUGACAUGUCCAGUGCAGGGGGGAAUGGGUCCGGGUGGAAUGAUGAAGGGCUGCUGAAAGCAGGGAUGGGGGAAGGAGCGGCAGGAGGGGUGGGAGCAGAUGGGAGUGACGCAGGAGCAGGGAAGGAUGGGUCUAGCGGUAACCAUGACCUGCUGGCCCAGUAUUUCCGGCAGCUGGGUCCCAAGGACGGGCACACGGGGAGUGGCUUGAGUGGCGGUGCUGCCGAUGGUCCUGCUCGUUCGGCCAGCAGCCAGGGGGGAGAGGGCAGGGCGGACGGAGGGGCAAUGGGGGUAGGAGGUAAUGUGAAGGAGGAGGUGGUGCCGGAAGGGGUUUCAGUGCACGUGGAUGGGGGGGGGUUGAGGGGAGGAGUGGAGGGAGGGGAGGGGCAGGAGGUGAUCGGCCCGCUGGGUGUGUCGCAGUUUGAAGGGCUGGAUGAGGACGGGGAGAUGUUAAUGGAUAUGCUCUUGGCGAGGAUGAGUGGUGGGCUGCAGGACCUACAAGUUGCUGGCCCCUGCAAGUGCGAGCAGGAUCUGUUGGCAGCGGUUGGAGCACUGGAGUCUUGUGACACCGGUAUUGCUGGGGGAUCCGCAUCCUCCGUCGCUACGUCUCCGUCAGUCGCGCCCGGCUCGUCCGCGCCGACCGUGGCGGAUCGCGCUGUGCGCUUCACCGCGAUCGACGCGGACGGGCACCGCCACGCGGUGACGGGGCUUGCGGGGCGCACGCUGCUGUCUGCGCUGAUCCGCUCCAAGGUUGAAACCGUGGAGCGGCAUCAGCUGGAGGAGCUUGAUUCGUGCAACGGCAACUGCCAAGUGUCGAUAGCACAGGAGUGGCUGGACAAGCUGCCACCGCGGACGCAGGCAGAAGAGGAUCGGCUGCGGCAGGUGUCAACUGAUGGGCAGGUGACAGGCAGCAGCAGGCUCGGGUGCCAGGUGCACCUGAGCAAGGACCUGGAGGGCAUGACUGUGGCUAUGGCUGAGGAGCGUCCCUGCUCGUACCCUCCUGAGGCCAUGCUGGUGGUUCUUCAGUCCGAUUGCAAGCGCUACUUGGGCUUCCGCUCUGUGGCUGCGGAGGGCAAGAUCAUGCAGUCGGGUAAGGACCUCAAGAUGCGCGCAGGGAACUACAACUUCAAGACGUGGGAGCAUUGGCAGGUGGAGCCAUCCCAGGUGUCUCGCUCCGUGCAGGCAUCUCCAGCCAAGGCUCUCGCUGGAGCGGCGGCGGGACCGCCUUCUCCGCUCUUCUUGCUCACCAACCGACAGUUCCCCUUGAUGCGCAUGAAUGUGCGCAUAGAGCGCGCGGUCGCGCUCCCCGAGUCCAGCGCCAAACGCGUCGCGCUUAUGGAGUUCGCGGGCGCCUCCGCCUUCGACGCGCAACCGGAGUCCCCCUCCACCCCCGGCGGCGGAGCCGGCGGGGGAAAGGGCGAGCAGGAGGAGGAGGUGAAGGCGGUGGUGGCUGCGGAAUCCGGGGAUGCUAUUGCGCGCGCGUUGGCGGAAGACGACGCCGUGCGCGCAAAGGAGGAGCUGACGGCGCUGCGGGAGGAGAACCGCCUGCUCAUGGAACGCGCAGUAGAGGCGGAAAAAGCGGCGGAAUCCGCCAAGUUCAGCGCGGAUGUCGCCAUGAAGCUCGCGCAGGAGUGCGCGGAAGGCCGCGCGAGCGGGCUGUUGGUCGGAGAAGCAACCGGCGCCUCCGGCGCGGGCGCAUCCACCGCGGACGCCGCCUCGAGCGAGAUGAAAACCGCGUCCGCGGACCUGGCGGGGCUGGGGGGAAUGGGCGGAAAGGUCUUUGAGCGGAAGCUAGCAAAGAAGUUCCCCGCGUCAUAUGCUCCGGGCGUUGGGGAAAGCGAGGAGCCGAGCGGGCGGAUGGGGUCCGGCACGUGGGCGGAUCUGGUGGAGACAGAAACCAAACUUUCCGCUGAGGCGGAAGCCGCCGCGCAUAAGAUGGCGGAGGAGCAGUUAGCUGCGCUGCGCGCGGAGCUAGAGGGGAAGAUUGAUGUGCUCCAGCGGGAGCUGGAGGAGGAGAGGGCGCGGGCGGACGCGCGCGUGGCGGCCGCGAUGGGGGCCGCAUCGGGGCCCGCGGGGAUGAAGAUUAGAAAGGCGGCUGCCGCCACUGCCGCGGGUAAUGGAGUGAGCGGUGAGGGCGAGGGGACGUCGGCGCUGGUUUCCGCGAGCUCGUGGGGAGAAGGGGGGGGAGAGUGGGUGGGCGGGGAGGACGAGGGGACUGCGGCGGUGACUGCUGCAGAGUCGCUGCAGGGCGCGCGGGAGAAGCAGGAGGAGGAGAGGAGGAAGGAGGACGAGGCGAAGAAGGCGAGGAUUGCGGAGUUAGAGGAGGAGGUGGGGCGGCUGUCGGGUGAGGCUGUCGCGUUGAGGGAGGAAGCGGAGCGAUUGAAGGGUGAGGAGAAGAAACUCGUAGAGGAAGGUGAGAGACUGAGGGCUGUGGAGAAGAAACUAAGGGGUGAAGAGAAGAAGCUGAAGGAGGAGGGAGAGAAGCUGAGGGGCGAAUUGGCAGCACUGACGUCUCGCGAGGUGGAGUGGAAAAAAGCGGAGGCCAAGUGGAAGCAAGUGGAAGAGGAGGGGAAGAAGAGUCAGCAACAGGCGGCAACUCUGGAGGAAGCACUGCAGCGCGUGCAGGCAGAUCUGGACUCUGCCCGGCAAGAGAAGGCCGCAGCCGAGAGCAAGUGGGCGGCGCAGGCGAGCGAGAAAGACACGGCAGCGAGCAAGGAGGCUGAGAGCAGCAGGAGGAGAAUCGCGGGGUUGGAGGAGGAAGUGGCGCGCCUGCAGGCGGAAGCAGAGGCGCUCAAGCGGCGGGCGGAGGAGAUGGAGCAGCGGGAGCUGAGAUGGCGCGAGGAGGAGCAGCAGCGGCUGCAUGAGGCGCAGAAGGGAUCUGAGGCCGAGGAGAGGGUGAAGGCGCUGGAGUGUAGACGUCAGGAGCUGGAGAGCCAGUGCGUGCGGCAGGGGCAUGAGCUCGCGGAGGUGCAGGCCAGGGCGGCGCACCUGGCUGGGGCCCUGGAGCAGCAGCAGGUGCGCGCGAUGGAGAGCGAGGGCAGGGCGGAAGCCGCCGCGCGGAGCUUGGAGGAGGCGGAAGGGAAGGCGACGGUGGCGCAGCAGCAGGUUGAGGGGCUGAGCGCGCAGGUGGCGGGGAGGGGGGAGGAGGUGGGGCGGCUGGAGGCGUGGCUGGGAGAACUAAAGGGACUGCUGGAGCAGCGGGAGAGGGAGAACUCGGUGCUGGUGGCGCAGGUGGAGGCGGGGGAUGCGGAGAAGGGGCAGCUGCGCGCGCAGGUGCAGGAGGAGCAGAUGGCGCGGCAGAUGCAGGCGCAGAUGCAGGCGCAGGUGGAGGGGCAGGUGCAGGAGAUGCAGACGCAGCACGUGGGCGAGGUGCAGCAGCUUCAGGCGCAGCUAGCAGCGCUGAGGGCACGCGGGGAUGAGAGCAGGCGGCUGCGGGUGAAGCUCAAUGAGGCUGAGGCGAGGCUGCAGGACGCACAGGGCAAGCACAAGCAGCAGGUGUCAGCCAAGGAGCAGCUGCUGGCAUCGGUACAGAAGGAGCUCAGUGGAGCAAUGGCGCAGCUAGCUACUGCUGAGCAGGAGGCAGCUAAGCUCAAGGCUCUGGAGGCGGAGCUUGCUCGACUUCGCUCCCUCAACUCGUCCCUCCAGAAGGACCUGAAGCAGCUGCGCGCGUCUGCUGCGUCCAAGCAGUCUCAGCCUGCAUCGGGAGCAGCAGAGGCGGCACCUGCCAAGGCAGAUGCAGAGGAGGGCAAGGGAGGGGUUGUGUCAGAGGGAUCCGGGGAUAAGGAUCCAGCAGGGGAGGCUGCUGGCGUGGCAGCAGCAGGAGAUGCAGGAGAGGAGCAGAAGAGGGCCAAGUCUGGGCGGCGCAAGUCGGCCACCAAGGCCCUGCCGUCGUCCAACGGCACCUCAGCUGCUGCUGACACUGCCACUGCAACCGCUGCUGCAGAUGCAGUCACAGCAGCCGCAGAAGCAACAGCUGCUGUAACAGGGACUCUGCCAGAGAAUGCUGCUGUUGCUGCUGCUGCUCCCCCUUCCAAGCCUGAAGUGACGGUACCCUCGGACCAGAAGCAAGGGGUUGAAAAUGGUGUGUUGCCUUCUCCUUCUCUUGCCGCCGCUGCGUCGGCCACUACCCCGACUGCUUCGUCUGCUGCUGGGAGAAAUGGUCGGUUGACGAAGCGAGGGGGGGCAUUGCGUCGCAGCUCCAGCGUGGAUGCAGGCAAGCAAGGCAAGAAGGGCCAGGGUGCGGGAUCGUUAGCGCGCAAGGGUAUCUCAGGAGUGGAUGCAGAUGCCAUUGCUCAAAUUGAAGCGAUGAUUAUGGAUGACUCGGUUACUGCUAAGGAAAUGGCGGGCCAGCUCAGCUCGCAGAGGCUGACGGGUCUGUCCUCGGCGCUGAUCAACGCCCUUCCCCUGCCGGCGAGCCUGAAGCGUGAGGAGAGGACAGCCCAGCUUGUGAAGUUGAUUGCUGCCUUUCUCAUGCUGGUUGUCAUGGUGCUGCUGGCACUGUGGGCUGUCGGAGUUUUGAUUCGUUGA